GAGUGCCGGACUGGCAUGUUCUGUGGCACAUCAGUCGUCAACUCCUGUGCCCGCUGCCUCCCUCACUCCAUCUGCCCAACAGGGAUGGUUGUCAAGUUCCAGGGCACAGCGCAGAGGAACACUGUCUGUGAGCUGCCUUCCCCAGGGGCCAGCCCCAACUGCAGCGCCAGCCCGCAGGACUGCAAAGCCCCUGCCAGCAGCACCAUCCCCCAGGCCAAGCCCACCCUGACCUCUCCAGCAAGCUCUGAUGCCAGGACCACACUUCUCGGAGGGGGCGCCCCCCUCGCCCCAGAAGAUGCUUCUAAAAUCACUGCCCACUCUAGCUCCUCCGUGGGGAGGCUCAGUCCAGAUCCAGGGCUGACCCUGCAACAGCCAUGCCCUCAGGGGUCUGCCGACUGCAGGAAGCAGUGUGACCCUGACUACUACCUGGACAGGGACGGUCGCUGCACAGCCUGUGUGAGCUGUUCAGGAGACCACCUCGUGGAGAAGACACCUUGCAUGUGGAACUCCUCCCGCGUCUGCGAGUGUCGACCUGGCAUGUUCUGUGCCACAUCGGCCUCCAACUCCUGUGCCCGCUGCGUCAUCCGCCCCAUCUGCCCACCAGGGAUGGUCACCAAACUCCAGGGUACGGCUGAGAGGGACACCACCUAUGAGCCACCUCCCCCGGGGACCCACUCUAACUGCAGCACCAACGCAGAGGACAGCGGGGUGCCCGCCAGCCCCACCCCCUCCCUGAUCUCCCUGGCCGACUCCCUGACUGGUAAGGAGCGUGGAGGGGACGUCACCCACGUGCGGGGACGCGCCUCUCUCUCAACCAGCACUCCUAUAUCCUUCUCCUCCACAGGGAAGCCCACUCUGGUUUCAGGACCUGUGCUCUUCUGGGUGAUCUUGACACUGGUGGUGGUCGUCAGCUUUGGCUCCUUUCUCCUGUGCCACCGGAGGGGCUGCAGGAAGUGGAUGGGGCAGAAGCUCCACCUGUGCUACCCAGUCCAGACCUUCCAGCCCAAGCUGGAGCCUGUGGAUUCCAGGCCCGGGAGGAACCUGACACUGAUCGGGAGGGUAUCGGUGGCAGAGCCGGGCCUUGAGGAGCAGGGGUUAACGAGCCCCCCAGCUGUGGAGACCUGCCCCAACCUGGAGAGCCUGCAGCUGCUGGAGGCCAGCCCAGCCAGCAGCCCCUCCACCUCCAUGGACCUUCCUGAGCCCCGAGGGACCGCGGAGCACACCAACAACAGGAUUGAGAACAUCUACAUCAUGAAGGCCGACACCGUGAUUGUGGGGACCGUGAAGGCCAAGGUGCCUGAGGGCCAGGGCCCGGUGGGGCCGGCAGGGUCCGAGUUCGAGGAGGAUCUGGAGGUGGACCAUGCCCCCCACUACCCAGAGCAGGAGACGGAACCACUGGCGGGCAGCUGUGGGGACGUCAUGUUCUCGGUGGAGGAGGAAGGGAAGGAGGACCCCUUGCCCAUGACCGCCUCUGGGAAAUGAGGCCUGGCCUGGGCUGGGGCUGAGAGGGCAGCUGGGUGCCUCUGGGAGGCCACGGUGACCCUGGUGGCACCAAGCUGGUAGCACCCACCUGGUGGCAGAGGCCCAUCUGGCCUGAGGUGAGGUUCCAGCAUCCAGCGGUAGACCCAGCCUAUCAACGCAGGAGGCUCUGCUCGUCUGUACCUGCCUCCCCACCCAGCUGCCCCCCAACCCAGACCCUGGGGAGCCCGGGCCUGUGCGGCAGAGACGACCAAGGGGCUAGAUCUGAACAGCGCUAUGUGUUGGGGCAACAGGCAGCCAGCAGGGCCUGGGCGCCCUGCAUUCUGCUGCUGCCAGCCCUCCCCUGCUCUGUAGCCCCCACGGUGGGCCCAGGGCCCAGCACACAUCACUGUUCCCGCAGCAGGAGGCAUCUCGGGACCCAGAGACCCGCAGAUUCUUUGCAGCCGUGGUGCCCCUGCCUGGCCGGAGACCCGCCCACCCAGCUGCUGCCUGGAGAAGGGCCUGCUCUGCUUCGCCCAGGGGGGCUCCCUCCCUGCGUGGACAAGGGGGACUGUGGACCCUUCUUGGGUCCUUACCCGCUCUGUGGGCACCUGUGCUCUGUCCCGGGCCACCAAAGAUGCGUCUUCCCCAGAUCUGCCACGUGCACAGAUCCUGGUGGUACCAGGCCCUGCCUUUGGCUCUAGCCGCUCAGCACCCAUGAUGGGGGUGUGGGUGUCAGAAGAUUACUUGGUUUCACUGACAUUCUGCCGGAAAAGAAAGAGCGUUUCAGUUCAGUCUGGACUUUAGGAUUUUUACGUUUCACACAAAGGAGUCAAGUGCCCUGACCUGGGGCUUCUUCCUGCUCUCCCCAGGGCUCUCAGACUCAUGGCAACAAACAAGUGGUCUUGGGAAGGGAGUGUGGGCAGAUGAGGCCCGGGGCACUGAGUCGCAGGCAGCCUGGAGACUGCUGGAAUUACCCGUUGGAAGCCGGCCCCGGGAAGGCCGCUGUUUACUCACCAGCCUGCUCGGUCUCUGGAGGAAGUUGAGGCUGGCUCCGGCUUCACCAGGGUAGUUUCUGAAACCGCUCAGAUGUUUUGGGGAAAGUUGGAGAGAGGCUGGAUGCUGUGAGAGACCGUUUACACCAGAACCUGAAGUUUACGUGGGCCGGACAAUGGCCAAAACCCCCCGUGCCCGGACAGUGUGAGGACUCUGCUCCCUCCUGCCACUACCCCCCACCCCCCAAGGGCUCCCUCACCCAAUGGCCAAAACUUUGGUCCUUUAAAAAUUCAUAAGUUCCCUUAAAAACCAAUCAUAAGGCUCAGGAAAUUCUCCCUGAGAUUUGAGUACCUCUGAGCAGAAGGGUCCGAGCCAUCUCUCUCCCCACAAGACAACGGCUCCCGCUUUACCUCUCUGCCCCAGACACCUAGGUUGCCAGCGUCUGGGGACAGGGAGACCCCUACCUGCUGGGACAGCCCUUCCCACUGCUGGAGGUUCUUCCCUGCGGAUGGAGGCAGACCCUGCCCCUGUGGAACUCCCACUCCCUGGUCGGUCCAAGGCCCGGCUUUUGGGGCUACUCAGAAUAAAGCACUC